GCAGCAUGACCGUUAUCAUUUAAAAAAUACAGUUAGAACGGGAUUUUCCUCUUUGCUAACGCGGAGAUUAAAACGGUUAUCUGGAUCUAAAUUAAAGCAGAUUAAAACGGUUAUCUGGAUCUAAAUUAAAGCAGAUUAAAACGGUUAUCUGGAUCUAAAUUAAAGCAGAUUAAAACGGUUAUCUGGAUCUAAAUUAAAGCAGAUUAAAACGGUUAUCUGGAUCUAAAUUAAAGCAUAUACACGGACAGGAAACGUCGUGACAUUACACGAUGGACGGUAACGACGACCGGUUGGAUGUUAUCCGGAGUUUCACGGUGAACAGUUUCAGGUUGGACCCGGACAGUUGGCGGGAGUUGGUAUCGGAGGAGGAGAACAGGGUUAUCUUUAAAGGUUUCUUCAGCUCUCAGGACUUCAGUAACCUGUUCAUCUACCGGGACUCAGAGUCUGGACUCUCCGUCAGCCUCCACUUUCCUAAAAAUGUCCAAACUAAAGUCAUCUGUGUCUCCAAAACAUCCCGGGAAGCUUUCAGCACCGGAAGUGUCCGAGAGAGGUUCAUGAUUCAAGAAGUGCAGGGAGACAGCGCCAUGACGUCACUGGUCUCAGUGUGUGAGGAGGUGAGCUGUCCGUUACUUAGCAACCAAGAGAGCAGCGGGGCAGCAGGUGAGGUGGAGGAACCUCAGAGGAUCAUGGAGAGAAAGAAGAACGAGACGCUGGUGAUGAAGGCUCAGAUAGAGGGAUGGACCUUUCUGCCUCAUCAACAUGGCAACACAGUCCAUGACCAUAAUCUCCAUGACAACUCUAAAGGAUGGAAGUCAUCAGACCUGAAGCUCUCCCAGGCCUGUGAUUGGACGAUAACAGAGUGGCUGAAUCUGGUGUCAGAGUUCCUGCUGCAGGACUCGUCUGAGACUGUUUUGGACGGAGUGAAGCCUCUCCCCUCAGAGGAGUUUAACUUUUGGAGGAGCAGAGUGAAGAAUCUGCAGUCCCUCCAGCAGCAGUUACAGAGCAGCAGGGCUCAGCAGGUGGCGUCCAUCGUUCAGCAGACAGGCAACAUCUCUUGGUUCACUCUGACAGAUGUUUACAGACGUGUUGAAGAAGGUCUGCAGGAGGCUGAACAGGUGAGUCUUGCUCUGAGUCCCCUGCAGGAGAAGCUGGAGCAGCUGGAGCAGGUGGAGUACCAGCAGCUGGGCUCCAACAUGGCGGCUGUGAUGGAGGGGGUGCAUCAGGUGUUGAUCCGGUCUGAGGUGUACAGGAGACCAGGAAGACUGAUGGUUCUGCUGAUCGAGAUCUGUAACCUGUUCAUCCAGAAGAGCAGGGACUUCCUGCGUGGAGAGGCGGUGAUGCAUGGUCUGGUGUCAGAGCCUGGUCAGGUCCUGGAUGAUGUCAGGCUGGUGAUCUGGACCCUGGAGACAAUCAAAGAGGCCAACCUGGAGAUUCAGAACCAGGGGGGUGUGCAGAUCCCAGCUCAGGAUGGAAUCACACACUGCUGGAACUCCUCUUCACACCUGUCCUUCAUCCACCUGGACAUCCUGCUGACACGUCUGCAGAGCAUCCAGGAGCUCCUAUGUGUCACUCUGCAGCUGAAUCAGUUGGAUCAGGUGGUUGUGUCUGGAGUCAGGGGCAGGAUGUGGACUGAUGAGGUUCAGCAUGUGUAUCAGGACUUCCUGUGUCAUGUGAGGGUCCUGUCUGAGUAUACCUGUGACCCCACCGACCCUGACGACAAGAGCUUUGAGCUGCUCCUGGACCAGUUUCAGGCUCAGGUGUCGGACCUGGAGAGACAGCUGGUCUCCAUCCUCAGCAGGUCGUUUGCGGAGUGCUGCGUGUCCUCCUCUGCUGCUCAGUUGUUACAGAUAUUUGGAUUUCUCCUGGACCGUCCUCUGGUCCAGGGCGAGCUGCUUCCUCAGCUGGGGAGGCUGGUCAAGCUGGUCCUGAUGGAGCUGGAUCAGACGAAGCUCCUGUUCUACACUGAGAGGGAGAAAUCCGAGACCCUCAUCAGGUCCAAAUCGUCUAUUGCAGCUCGACUCUGCUGGACCCGGCAGCUCCAACUGAGAGCUGAAGAGGCUAUGAACAGCUACAAGACCGUCCAACACCUGUGUGCGGGCUCAGCUGAAGGUCAGCUGGUUGAUCAAAGGUUCCAGGAGCUGGCUGACCUCCUGCAGGUGUUCAGAGACCAGGUGAGCACAGAGAGGAUCAGUCAGCUGGACUCGGACUGUGGAUUCAUUCUGGAUCAACCGCUCAUACAGCACACUGUGCAAGGCAUGCUGGGAGUCAGCUGCAGCCAGCAGUUGAGGGCAGCACUGAGGGAGCUCAGGUAUGCGAGCAGGGAGACAGAUUUAAUGCUCCACCCCCACGCUGCUCGUCUCUUCACCUGCAGAGAUGACAUCACACAGAGCUACCUGAAACUGAGUGACAUGGUGUCCUGCUACAACCAGGUGCUGAGUGAUGCCCUGCAGGUGGAACUUCCUCUGAUCCAGGACCAGCUGGAGGAGCUGAAGCAGCACCUGUCCAAGCUGCAGAGGAACACCUGGAGAUCUGGAGGUCUGCAGCUGCUGGUAGAGCAGCAGACAGAGCGAGUUUUGAUCUUCCACUCCACCGUGAGCGAGGCCAGAGCCAACAUGGACGCCAUGACACACAUCAUACAGGGCUGGGCGGAGCUUCACCUGCUGCAGCGCUCAGGUGACUCCCUGCUGGAGGGCGGAGCUACAGAGCAGAGCUGCAGACGCCUCAGAGAGGAGGGACAGCAGCUGCUCAGGUUAACACAGGUGAACAGGAGUCUGUAUGGAGCUCAGGACUCCUCCGAGACCUGGAUCAGAUACCUGGACCACAUUGAUGACAAAGUCCAGGAGGGCCUGCUGCAGCUGCUGCUCAGAACGCUUCACUUCCUGUCCGACAACAUGAACCCACAGAGCAGCAGUGGUGCAUUAUUGGCGAUCAGUCUGCAGCUGCAGGAAACAGGAAGUGUGUUUGAGCCGUCAGUGGGCGUCGGCCUCUCUGAUCUGCUAAAGAGCAUCAUCAAUGAUAUUUACGCAGCAGCCAGUCUACCGCCCGGUCUCUCUGUGAGUCGCCAUGGCAACUACCAGGUGUCCCUGCAGCAGCGUCCUGCUCUCUGUGAACUGGAACAGGAAGUGAUGUCACACCUGGUUCAGGUGAGGAAGGAGGCGGAGCAUUUGAGGGUGAAGCUUGACAGGUACUCGUAUCUGUGGGAGAGCGACAGGAGGGGGGUGAUGGAGGAUUUCCUGACGUACGGCAGACAGCUAGAAGCUGACGAGCUGGAGGCUGAGGUUACUCCGCCCACCCUAAAGGACUUUAGGAGAGAGAUCGAGUCCCUUCAAACACUCAGCACUGAGGUGGCUCACCUGGAUGAUGUCAUCACUCUGCUCGGCUGGCUCCAGGUCAACCUCCAACCUUUCAGAGAGUCCCUGCUGUCAGUCAUUAACGUCUGGAAACACAUGUACACCGGGUACCUGCUGGACUCACUCACAGACAGUGUGCAGCAGGUGAGUCAGCGUGGUAACGAUGAUGAAGAGUCCUCCUCCUUCUGUCUGACAGAAAGCGUGGUCCUGCUGGAGGCUGCAGGAGUGCAGCUUCCUGAACACCUGGCAGCUCAGAUACAGUGUUGAUGAUCUGAAGAGGAAGCAGAAGACAUUGAACACAUCGCAGGAGCAGCAGUGACAAACGCCACGCUGAUGAUGAAUGUCUUGAGAUGAAUUAAAGUGAGCAGCUUGAAGAUUA